CGCAUUGAUUCCGAGUUCAUGAUCAGUGUUUUCUUAUUGUUCGGAAGCGUUAAGCUUAAGACAAGAUGAAGUUACUUUGUACCAGUUUAGUGUUGGCAUUAAUGUCUACUUUGGGUAGUAUCAGUGCCAAACCGUUGAAAGGACGAGAGCAGAAAGCAACUUGCGGCUAUUCGUCCUGUCAUGCUGUGAAUUCUUCGGGUUUGAAUGUGCAUUUGGUAGCGCAUUCUCAUGAUGAUGUCGGAUGGCUGAAAACUGUUGAUCAAUACUUUUACGGCGAUGAAACCCAACAUCAAAAAGCUGGUGUCCAAUACAUCAUCAGUUCAGUAAUCCAAUCUCUACAAACAAAUCCGGAUAGAAAAUUCAUUCAGGUGGAAACUGCAUUUUUCUGGCAAUGGUGGAAGCAACAGAGCGAAAGUACUCGGGAAACUGUCCGUCAGCUGGUGAACGCCGGCCGACUGGAAAUCAUCAACGGAGCAUGGAGCAUGAACGACGAAGCAGCUGCCCAUUACCAUUCCAUCAUUGAUCAAUUUACAUGGGGUUUAAGAAUGAUUAACGACACUCUUGGUGAAUGCGGUCGCCCGAAAAUUGGCUGGCAAAUAGAUCCGUUCGGUCACAGUCGCGAAAUGGCAUCCAUUUUUGCUGGACUGGGCUAUGAAGCAAUGUUUUUUGCUCGUUUGGAUUAUCGUGAUAAUGCCAAACGCCACCAAACUCAAACUCUUGAAACAAUGUGGCAAGGAAGUCAAAGUUUAGGACCGAAAUCUAAUAUAUUCACGAGCGUCCUCUAUGAUUUCUAUACAUCACCUGCGUAUUUCUGUUGGGACGUGCUUUGUGCUGAUGAACCUGUCAACGAUGAUGUAGAAAGUCCUGAUUUUAACCAGGAUAGAAUUGUUCAACGAUUUGCUGAAUAUGUUGAGAAUGGGGCUAAAAAUUAUGCAACCAACAAUAUCUUGAUUACCAUGGGUGGUGAUUUCAAUUAUCAAGCAGCUGAGAUGUUUUACAUCAAUAUGGAUAAACUUAUUGCCGGAUUCAAGAAGUACAGGCCGGAUAUCAACGUAAUCUAUUCGACGCCGUCGUGCUACGCGAAGGCGGUGAACGAAGCGGCAGCGGAUCUGGCAUUCCCGGUGAAAACCGACGACUUUUUCCCGUAUGCCUCCGGCAGCCAUUCUUAUUGGACUGGUUACUUUACAUCACGCCCGAAUUCCAAACGAUUCGAACGUCAAGGCAACAAUAUGCUCCAAGUUACUAAACAAUUAGCGGUGUUAAACAAAUCCAGCCAAGAUGAUUUACUCCUGCUCAAGGAAGCAAUGGGCAUAAUGCAACAUCACGACGCCAUUACCGGAACUGAGAAACAACACGUCACAGAUGAUUAUGUGCGUUUGUUGACCAAAGCAAUUCGACGUGCUGAAGGACAUAUUGAUGCUGCGAUUCACGGAUUAUUGGGUAAAACGUCCCCGGCACCGGAAGUCACGUACGAAAGCUGCUUGUUAAGCAACGUGAGUUAUUGUCGCACGUCCAUUGAAGAAGAUGAGUUUACUCUAGCCGUAUACAACCCACUUAGCAGGAGUGUCAUUCAACAUGUUCAUUUGCCUGUUACCGGUAGCGACUUCAAAAUCACAGGCUCAAAAGGAGAUGUAAGUUAUUCCGUGAUGCCAUCCAUGGCUGACUUCUCCGAGUCACACAAUGUGCCCUCAGCUGAGAACAAUCUGAUUUUCCCUGCCGAGGUCCCCGCAUUGGGUUUCGCUUACUUCCACAUCGAGAAGUUGGCGGAGCGCCAACCGGAAGUAUCGCAAGUUGACAAACAGAAACCUAAUCAGCAACUAGAUAACUUGCGGUAUUAUGGCACCAAGUCAACUGGUGUUUCUAUGGACCUAAGCACUGGACGCUUAGCUAAAGUGACUCUUAACGAUAUCACCUUACCAAUUACUCAAGACUUCCUCUAUUACCGCGGAAGUCUUGGUAAUAACAACGGAGAAGACAACCGUGCUUCAGGCGCUUACGUUUUCCGCCCUGUCAAGGACACAACCGCUUUACCCAUAACCGAAAAAGCAGAAAUCAAAAUUAUUAAAGAAGGUAAAGAUGUCAUGGAAAUCCAUCAGGAGUUUGCAUCAUGGGCCAAGCAGAUUAUCCGCGUAUACACAAAUGAAAAUCACAUUGAAUUCGAUUGGUUAAUCGGACCAAUCCAGGAUGCCCCUGAGGGAGUGGAAGUGAUUACACGAUUUUCAUCCGAUCUGAACAGCAACGCCACAUUCUACACCGAUUCCAAUGGCAGGGAGAUGAUAAAACGCGUGAGGAACUAUCGUGAGACAUAUAACUACACCGAUGAAGAACCAGUGUCCGGCAAUUACUACCCAGUGACGUCACGUAUUGCUAUUAGAGAUACGGAGGAAAAUGUCGAGUUGGCAUUGUUAAACGACCGCGCCCAGGGUGGCAGCAGUCUGAAGGACGGUGAGGUGGAGUUGAUGUUGCACCGAAGGUUGCUUAAUGAUGAUGCGUUUGGAGUCGGCGAGGCGCUCAAGGAGGAUGAAUUUGGACAUGGUGUCAUUGCUAGAGGUCAAGUUUAUCUUGUUUUAGGAAAAAUCACUGCGGACAGUGUUGAUGAUGAAAAUGCUGCGUCUAUUUCACAUGAUGUCGCACAGAGGAAACUUUUAGCACCAUGGACAUUUGUUGGUCGACGUGAAAAGGCCUCUAUAACCUUAGAAGACUUACAAAACAAGCUAAACUUCCAAAGCUCUGCAUUAACACGUGAUUUACCUGCAAAUAUUCAAAUUUUAACUUUGGAACCCUGGAACGCGGAAAAUACGAUUUUGUUGCGUUUGGAGAACGUUUUUGAGAAAGAUGAACAUCCCACGCUUUCCAAAUCAACGACCAUUAGCCUUGAUGGUUUGUUUGAGAAUAUUUCUAUCAAAGAGGCGUUCGAAACAACGCUCGGUGCCAACCAGUGGAUUGACGAGAAUGAAAAAUUGCAUUGGAAUCUGAACAAUCGUGAUGUAGUCACGAAGAAUCAAGAUAAAACCGAUGCAAGUGGAAUUCCAAUUGGGAACAAUCAUAAUAGGGUUGCGGUCGAUUUGACAAACAUCACUCUUGGCCCGAUGGAAAUCCGCACGUUCAUUUGUCAUUUGAAUUGAACAACAUCAAUGGAUACAUUAUAUUUUUAAAUGUUUUGUUUGUUACAAAAUAAAAUUUACUUACUUGUUGAAA